GUCCAGGGAGUGGUCUGAUCAGCCUCAAUCAGCUAAUCAGUACAAUAAAGGAGACCCGUUACUUUGCUGCGAAAGAUAAUCUCCCUUGUUACUUUAUAUCAUGAUGUUGUAGCGCCUCGUCCGAGGAACCGGUUUUUGUUGUUUUUCUGUUGCAGUUGCUGUUAGUGGAUGUAGCAGGCCGCCUCUGUGCACCGAUCAUAAUGCAUCCGAUGCCUGUGUGCUCCGUUAGCGGUGGAGACAUAUUUGACUGUAUUCAAAGAGGAGAUAUUGAACUGUGUAUACAGUUCAUUCAAAAUGACCGAUCAAUUCUCCAACAAAAAGGCUGGGGUGGUUUUACCCCGCUCCACUACGCUGCCCUGCACGGCAACCGCUCCAUGGUUGACCUUUUCCUUAGUAAUGGAGCUGACCCCAAUAUGACAUGUGAUGCAGGACAGACAGCCUUUCAUUUUGCCUGCAGGCAAGGAAACAUCUUUAUCAUGUACCAAAUGAUGCGAUAUGGAGCUGAUUUGCGCCUCAUAGACCUGCAGCAAAAAACAUCGCUGCAUCAUGCAGUCACAGGGGGCAGCAUUGUUACAGUGCACUAUUUGUGGGAGACAGGAAUGUUCCGUUUCUCAGACACAGACAUGCACCAGGUGACACCCCUUCACCUGGCGGCAUCCACAGGCAACACAGAGGUGGUCCGGUAUUUGCUCAGAGACCAGAGAUGUGCUGUGGAUGCAGUUGACCAGCAGGGAGCGACAGCGCUUCAUGUUGCAGCAGAGAGGGGUGCAGUGGAGGUGUGCUGGACACUGCUGCAGAGAACAGGGUGCGGGAUGCUCUAUCAGAAGAACCACAGCGGCCUCACACCACUGGACCUCUGCAAACAGGGGAAAACAUUUAGACAUCAGCAACUCACCAAGCUGCUGAGUCGGUACAUUAAUGAGCCAAUACACCACAAGCCCAGAGAGUCUCAUGUUUUGUAUUACUGGACACUGUUUUAUCCAACCCUGAGUGGAGCUGCCAUCCUGCUGAUAGCAGCCAUGUUGGGAGGCUAUGGGGGGUUAAGCUGCAGUUUGCUCUUCCCCUGGCUGGCCAGAAACAUCUUCACACAGUUCCACCGCAUGACCACAUACCAAAGGUUACCCAACCCAAUCUACUUGGGAACCCUCAUAGCUGGCUUGUUUCAUUCCCUGCUCUGCUUCUAUGGAAAGAUAAUGCCUAGUGUGUGGCCAAUCAGUGCUCUGGUCCAGUUGGCAAUGUUCCAUUUCUCCCUAGUCAUCGGUUUGUUCUGUAAGGUUCUGACUCAGGACCCUGGAAAACUGGACAGACCAGAUGCAGAUCCUCGGUUCUCCUGUAUUGCUGACCUGGUGGAGAACAACCAGAGCCCACACAGGUUCUGUCCAUACUGUGAGUUGUUUCAGCCCGACUUCACUAAACACUGCAAGCUGUGUGAUGUGUGCAUUAAAGACUAUGACCACCACUGCCUUUUCCUUAACCGCUGCGUCGGCCGGGGUAACCACCGCCUCUUCAUCGUCUUCAUCCUCUUCAUGGUUAUUGCCCACCUUCUUUUUGUUGCCACGGCAACAAGUUACCUGUAUGACAAGAUGCCUGCGGGCAAUCACAGCUUGUCAUUGUGGCUCACAUUGUUAGGGGAGGAGUUCUGGGUUGUGGUUAUGAUGGUUAUGAAUGCACUGACACUGCUUUGGGAGGCUUGGCUACUGACCGAGCAGUUUGAUGCUGUUGCCACGGGAACGACCACCUACUUUAGACAGUGUGAGAGCAAAGCACGGCAGAGGUCACUAGGACAGCGCUGGGUUAAAGUACUGUCGUUUCUGCUGGAGGGUCGAAGACGGGUGGGCACCGGACAAAAUAAGGACAAGACUUCCAUAGACAUUUAAAAUUGUCAGUUUGUCUUGUUUCAGCUGAAUUUGUUUCAUCGCUCACUUACUUCUCAGCUCACAGAGUCUUUGGUGUGCACUCAACCUUAUGAUAAUGUCCUCUUUAGAUUCAAUAACUCUCCAAUGCCAUAUAACAUGUUGUACUUGAAUGCAAACUUUGGUUAUCUCUCAAUAUUCUAUUUUAAUAUACAGUAGGCUAUAGAGUAGAUUUGUCAGCAGAUUUGUCCAUAAAGUGGCUAGCAGGAUAACUACCACUAAGAGUUUAGAUGUUCAACUAGUUUUUAGAAACGUCACAAAACCCUUUUAAGAUAACAGUGUUCUAAAUAAUGUAUUGGUUCACAUUGUUCUGUGUAAAGUACUGGAUAUUUCCAAAACUGUGUUUUAGCAGGUAACGCCUCUGAAUGAAUGCUCACAUUUACACCUGUUUUAUGUCCCAAAUCAGCAUUUUUUUUAACACCAUUGUUAUUGUUGUUUGGAAUAAAGUGCUUCAUGGUGUAAAGCAUCAUUCAGUGUUGUGACCAUUUUUUUUACUCAUAACAUUCGCAAGUCCUGAGAUUAGGGAUUAGUGAUAAUGGUUAAUAGCAGAAGACUUUGUUCCUCACAUAAUGUCAUUACUACUCUGACCUGCUGCCAGUCUGAGCUAUCACACUUCCUCUGCUCUCACUAAUGAGACAUGCCCUUUCAUGCUUUCAAUUAAACACACUCAUUUCCUUUGCGUCCCUCAGGACCAUAUUUCUAGAUUAUAGAUGAUGUUCCCCACACCCCUCAGAGGCUGGAGUGUCUGGACUAUGUGAGCGGCUACAUCACGUGAUAUUAUUUAGUGUCUACUGUACUGCCUGUCAUACAUAUGCAGUGGUUAAGUUGAGCGCUUGUAAUCCUGUAUAUCUCUGUCCCUGAAUCAGUUUUAUUUUAUUUAACUUGUUGCUAUCCCAAUAUGUUUCAUAUGUAGUAAUGUAUUGUAUCUUUUGGUACAAAGUAUAUUUUGGUUUCCGGGACAAUACCUCAUUUUGUGUCAUGGUGACUUUUAAUGCUGUAGG